GUCCAUAAUAAUAAUACUAUAUAUAAUAUUAUUAUAGCUAGCCAUUUUGUAUUGUUUCUUUGACUUUUUUUUUACUUGACCCCAUUUUCAAACCCUAAAAUCUUUCACUAUAUAUACAUGAGCUCACAACAUUUGAUGAAUUACAUAGCUUAUUAUUAGCCUAUACAUAAAUAUAUAUAUAUGAUGAAGAUUAAUUGUGUAGUGAUUUUGAGCUUUGUUGUUCUUGUUAUUAGUCCUUGUUGUGUUUUUGGUCAAUUAAUUAAUAAUUUCUACAAAAGUAGUUGCCCUAAUGGUGAUAACAUUAUUAAACAAGUUGUUAAAGAAAGAUUUGCCAAAGACUCUUCCAUUACUGCUGCCUUACUUCGUAUGCACUUCCACGAUUGCUUUGUUAAGGGUUGUGAUGCAUCUAUACUAAUUAAUUCCACAUCGAGUAAACCCUCAGAAAAAACAGCAGGGCCAAACUUGACCGUAAGAGGGUAUGAGAUAAUCGAUGAGGCUAAGAGAAGGCUCGAAGCUGUAUGCCCGUCUACAGUCUCAUGUGCAGACAUUAUAACCCUAGCCACUAGAGACUCAGUUGUUCUUGCUGGCGGACCAAACUACUUUGUUCCAACGGGUAGGAGAGAUGGACUUGUCUCAAACCCUAAUGAUGUCAACUUGCCUGGUUCAAGCCAAUCUGUCACCUCGGCUGCCCAAUCCUUCAUAGCCAAAGGGCUAACCCUAAAAGAAAUGGUGGUUCUUCUUGGUGCACACACAGUUGGAUUCGCUCAUUGUAAUUUCUUUUCUAGCCGGCUUUCAAACUUUCAAGGGACAGGUAAAUUCGAUCCCACCAUGGAUCCUAAGCUAGUUACCAAGUUGAGAGGUGUUUGCGCAAAUGGUAAUAAUCCAAAGACGUUUUUGGAUCAAAAUACUAGUAAUGUUUUUGAUAACGAGUUCUACAAUCAAAUACGUUUAAAGAGAGGGGUUCUGAAGAUUGAUCAGGAGCUGGCGACAGACUCUACUUCUUUUCGUUUGGUUUCUAAUUUGGCUUUGAAUCCAUUACAAUUCUCUAGGAGUUUUGCAAAUGCUAUGGUUAAAAUGGGAAAGAUCGAAGUUCUUGUAGGAAAUGCUGGUGAGAUCAGAAAAAAUUGUGGAGCUUUUAACCCUCCCAAAAGUACUAAGGCUCCUACAAAGACUCCAAAAUCUAAGAAGGGAAAGUCUCCUCCGGUAAGCACUCAAAACUAAAAAGAAGGGUCCUUAUUAAAAUAAAAAAAUUAAGGUAUAGUUUUUGUCCAUAUUUUAUUCUUUGUAAGUGAAUAAAUAAUUUACGUGAUGCAAAAAUGGUGUUUUAUGCAAUCAUGAAUGUGUUGUAAUUGAGAGUUGAGUUGUACUAUAAUUAAUAUAUAUAAAAUAAAAUAUUAUUACUUACCAAUUUUGUUUUAUUAAUUACUUCUCUAUUGCUUAAACCAAAUGGGAAAGGGUGUCUUCAUUGUAUUGCUAUAUAUAUUUUAUCACACUUAAAAAAACUAUUGUUCUAAUAA